GCAUUUCAUUCAGCCUGGGCGACAGAGGGAGACACUGCUCAAAACAAACAAGCAAAAAAUCAGAUUGGACAUUUGCUGCUCCAAAUUUGUCUUUGCGUUGGAGUAUCACCUUUAAAUAGCACAAUGAAAUUUUGCACUAGGCAAUUAUAUUCUUCACAAUGCCAAAUGUACUGCAAAACAUUGAUGAAUUGAUAUUAGCCCACAUGCUAAGAAGGAAAGUGAAUCUGCAUGCAUACACUCCCUCGCAUGGGAAAGAUAACUGUUUUUAAAGUCAGGUGGUAAAGCAUGUAGUGUUGCACCCCAUUUAAGCAAGUGAUGGGCUGGCUUUAUUUUGAUGGAUAUAGACUUGGAGGAAGUUAGCAUCACAGGCUAGGAGGCUCCAUUUCCUCUCCUGUGCUUCCUGUUCCUUGGGAGGAAUGAACUCCAGGGAAAGAAAGCUGGGGCCAGCCAGAGGGGGUGAAGGUGCGUCUCAAAAAACCAAAACACUGUGAGGGAGCAAUGGGGCAAGGGACCUCGAACAAUUUAUUUAGAUCUUUCUGGAAGAGAAGACUGAGCUAUUUUCUCUCAUGUUCCUCAUCUGUACAGAGAGCCUUGCACAGUGUCUGAGGUUUAUUGAAUGUUGAAAGGACACGAAAAGGUUUGAAUUCCUCUUUGAUUUUCACAACUCUUCUCUUCUAAGGCAACAAGUUCUUAUUCAUGUCUUUUUUAUAAUGGACACAGAGUAGAGUUUGCUCUUAUAAGAUGAUACUUCCAUGGUGGUUUUCUUAAAAGCAGUGAAAAAUAAGGAAUCUUAAAGUUUUAAAAAUGUUAAUAUGUAGUUCAGCCCUACAAGCAGAAAAAAAUUAAAUCUUUAUAUUGAUUAGGAUGAAAAAUGUUGUAGAGGGUGUUUUCAAAAGAGUUUCCAGGAAAAUAUUUGGAGACAGGUUUUUCACUCCAUUUUUCAUCCUUGCAUGUUUCAUAAAAGCUCCCAUCGGUUUGGGCAGUUUGACAGUCAUUCCUUUAAGAUGUAAAAGGGCUUGUGGCAAAUUUGGGAGGAUGAACUGCCUUUUCCAUUACUUAAUUUUUAAAAAUACUGUUAGGAGUGGGAAGGGUAUCAAAUGUCCACUUGGAGUCAGGGAAAAAAGUAGCCCCGUGAAAAAAAUCCCUGUGAGAGCAGCAUAACCUGCAGAGACGUGGGAGCAAGUGUCCAAUCCUGACAGCCAGUCAUGGAAAUAGAGUGCUCCGGGCCGCGCAGAGACCAUUCUGUGUGCCACUCACACGGAGUCUAGUGCAGCAUAAAGCUUUCCUAAGCUCCACCCAGAAGUGUGGUUGCCUUUGUCAUUUUAAUUGGUCUGUGUUUGUGAAGUGGGGCCUCUAUUUACUUAUAGCUUGGGGCUUGUGUUUACCAAGCCUGGUGGAGGCCAAGUGACAGGGCCCCUGCAAGCUCUCCCGCUGUAUCUUGAGGCACUUUUCUUUUCAGUAUCUGUGCCUGUCUAAUUCGUGAGCUUCUGUGAAGCAAGCACAGGAGGGUACAAGGCCUACAGGGAGGAAUUACACCUAAUUACUCAAAUAAUUGCUAGGCUGUUGCCUUCUUAGUCACUGAAAAUAAUUUCCAGGUCCCUGGCUUUUAUAGAUAGUCUUCUAGAGGCAGGAGGACACAGCCCCCUUUUUAACUCAGCCCAUUCACUCACAAAAUCAGAACACUCGAGCCUGCAAAAUUAAUAAGCACCACUUCCAUUACAUAUAUUUUAGGUUGUUGUUGCCGUGGCGAUAAAGUCAGGGACAUUGAAUCUCCUCUGUUGAGCCAUUGUUAUCAUCCCUGGCCAUCUGCUGCAGAGGAGUGAUAUUCCAUCUCAUUUGCAUGAUGACUGAUAUAUGGGAGGUUUGGAAGGACAUAUGCCACAGCAAUCAUGUGAUGAAAAUUAAAGUGAAAGUUUUGGGCCCAGAGCCGAAAAAAAUCUGUGUAUGCGCAUGAGGCUGUUGAUGUGCAAAUGUGAAUCAUAUUGAGAAGGUCUGAAUAGGGAGGUGUGACGUAAGGAGGGGACACAAACGCAGGUGCUUAUCUCUAAGCAGUCAAAGGCACUGGAUGUCAUAUCAUGGGAACUACCUUUCAAAGAAACAGCUUUAGUGUUUCCGUUCAGCACACCAGGGAGGAGAGAAAUAUAAGUUUUGGAAACAAACAAAAAAAGCCCCCAAUUUUGUGAGUGUCCCUGAAGCAUUGUGACAAUUCCAUUUUAUGUGUCUGCGUGCUCAUAUCAAGACUAAGGAGUGAUGGAAACUCUCCAGUUCAGAUCCAGUAGCUUUUAGGGAAGGAACUAUAGUUGCUGACUUGAGUUGAAGAAGCAUCUACUUAAUGUCUGGUCAAAUCCUACAAGAAAUACAGAAAUCUAUGAUUAAAAAGCUGAGCACUUUGAUAUACUGCAAAGGGUAGAGAAGGCAGGACGGCAGAAAUAUUCUGCAAGGAAGAAUGAAUUUCAGGAUUUAUCAUUAAAUCAGACAAAGUCAUUUAUUUAGUACCCCUGACACAGCAGGGCAAACUGAGUUGGCAUACAAGUUACCUGGAGAAAAAGAGAGCAAUUCCAGGACUUCCUCUUCAGCCCAAAAGAAGGUACCAGAUCUGUGCACUGGGGCGAUGUGGAAGAGACCUGCUUAUUGCCCCUGAUGUAAACUCCAGUAAGAAAAGACGUCAAGUACAAGUACUAGGAAAUCACUUUAUACAUCUGUUUAUAGGUUUAUGGAUGCAGAGGCUGAAGAUAAAACGCUGCGUACUCGCUCUAAAGGAACGGAGGUGCCAAUGGAUUCGCUAAUCCAGGAGCUCAGUGUUGCCUAUGAUUGUUCCAUGGCAAAGAAGAGAAGAGCUGAAGAUCCGGCUUUGGGGGUUCCAGUCAACAAAAGGAAAUCCCUGCUAAUGAAGCCCCGACACUACAGCCCAAACGCAGACUGCCAAGAAGACCGCAGCGACAGGACAGAGGACGAUGGCCCCUUGGAAACGCAUGAUCACUCUACUGCAGAGGAAGUCAUGAUAAAACCUAUGGAUGAAAGUCUCCUUUCAGCUGUACAAGAAAACUCCAGUAGGAAGGAAGACAGAUACUCUUGUUAUCAAGAGCUCGUGGUCAAGUCUUUAAUGCACUUGGGGAAAUUUGAAAAAAAUGUAUCUGUUCAGACCACAAGUGAAAACUUAAAUGACAGUGGCAUCCAAUCUUUAAAAGCAGAGAGCGAUGAAGCAGACGAGUGUUUUCUGAUUCAUUCUGAUGAUGGAAGAGACAAGAUCGAUGAUUCUCAGCCACCCUUCUGCUCCUCUGAUGACAAUGAAAGUAACUCUGAAAGUGCAGAAAAUGGCUGGGACAGUGGCUCCAACUUCUCAGAAGAAACCAAACCACCUAGAGUCCCAAAGUAUGUUUUAACAGAUCAUAAAAAAGACCUAUUGGAAGUUCCUGAAAUAAAAACUGAGGGUGACAAAUUUAUCCCUUGUGAGAACAGGUGUGAUUCUGAAACAGAAAGGAAAGACCCACAGAAUGCUCAUGCAGAACCCCUGGAUGGCAAUGCCCAGCCCUCAUUCCCUGAUGUUGAGGAGGAAGAUAGCGAGAGCCUGGCAGUAAUGACGGAAGAGUCUAGUGACCUGGAAAAGGCCAAGGGGAACUUAAGUUUGCUGGAGCAGGCAAUUGCUCUGCAGGCUGAGCGAGGUUGUGUUUUCCAUAACACCUACAAAGAACUGGACAGAUUCCUGCUGGAGCACCUAGCAGGGGAAAGGAGGCAAACCAAAGUUAUCGACAUGGGUGGAAGACAAAUCUUUCACAAUAAACAUUCACCAAGGCCUGAAAAAAGGGAGACCAAGUGCCCGAUCCCUGGGUGUGAUGGCACGGGACACGUGACGGGGCUCUACCCCCACCACCGCAGCCUUUCGGGGUGCCCCCACAAAGUGCGGGUUCCCCUGGAAAUUCUUGCCAUGCAUGAAAAUGUGCUCAAGUGUCCCACACCGGGAUGCACAGGAAGGGGUCAUGUGAACAGCAACCGCAACACCCACAGGAGUCUUUCUGGUUGUCCAAUUGCUGCAGCUGAAAAACUGGCAAUGUCCCAGGAUAAAAAUCAGCUUGAUUCUCCCCAAACUGGGCAGUGUCCUGACCAGGCCCACAGGACAAGCUUGGUGAAGCAAAUUGAAUUCAAUUUCCCGUCACAAGCCAUCACCUCUCCCAGAGCCACAGUGUCAAAAGAACAAGAGAAGUUUGGAAAAGUACCAUUUGAUUAUGCCAGUUUUGAUGCCCAAGUUUUUGGUAAACGCCCUCUCAUGCAAACAGUGCAAGGAAGAAAAACACCACCGUUUCCUGAAUCAAAGCAUUUUUCAAAUCCAGUGAAAUUUCCUAAUCGACUGCCUAGUGCAGGCGCCCACACCCAGAGCCCUGGCCGUGCCAGCUCUUAUAGCUACGGUCAAUGUAGUGAAGACACCCACAUAGCAGCAGCUGCUGCCAUCCUGAACCUUUCCACCCGCUGCAGGGAAGCCACAGACAUCCUCUCCAACAAGCCACAGAGUCUGCAUGCCAAGGGAGCCGAAAUAGAAGUGGAUGAAAAUGGCACAUUGGACUUAAGCAUGAAAAAAAAUCGAAUCCUGGACAAGGCUGCACCCCUAACUUCCUCUAACACUUCUAUUCCAACUCCUUCCUCUUCCCCAUUCAAAACAAGCAGCAUUCUGGUCAAUGCGGCAUUCUAUCAGGCUCUUUGUGACCAAGAGGGCUGGGACACUCCUAUCAACUAUAGCAAAACUCACGGGAAGACAGAGGAGGAGAAAGAGAAAGACCCAGUGAGCUCUCUAGAAAAUUUAGAGGAAAAAAAGUUUCCUGGAGAGGCCUCUAUACCAAGCCCUAAACCCAAGCUUCAUGCAAGAGAUCUCAAAAAGGAACUAAUCACCUGUCCAACACCAGGAUGUGAUGGAAGUGGCCACGUGACAGGAAACUAUGCGUCUCAUCGCAGUGUUUCUGGAUGUCCUUUAGCAGAUAAGACUCUAAAAUCCCUCAUGGCUGCCAACUCUCAGGAGCUUAAGUGUCCAACCCCAGGCUGCGAUGGCUCGGGGCACGUGACUGGAAACUAUGCUUCCCACAGAAGCUUGUCUGGAUGCCCUCGUGCAAGAAAAGGUGGUGUCAAAAUGACCCCCACCAAGGAAGAAAAAGAAGACCCUGAACUGAAAUGUCCUGUGAUAGGGUGUGAUGGCCAAGGUCACAUAUCAGGUAAAUACACGUCACACCGCACAGCUUCUGGUUGUCCUCUGGCUGCCAAGAGACAGAAGGAGAAUCCUCUCAAUGGAGCCUCCCUCUCCUGGAAACUGAACAAGCAAGAGCUACCACAUUGUCCCUUGCCAGGCUGCAAUGGGCUGGGCCAUGUAAAUAAUGUUUUUGUCACCCACCGAAGCUUAUCUGGAUGUCCUCUCAAUGCACAAGCUAUCAAAAAGGGCAAGGUUUCUGAAGAACUCAUGACCAUCAAGCUCAAAGCAACCGGGGGAAUAGAGAGUGAUGAAGAAAUUAGGCAUUUGGAUGAAGAAAUAAAGGAACUGAAUGAAUCCAACCUUAAGAUUGAAGCAGAUAUGAUGAAACUUCAGACCCAGAUCACGUCUAUGGAGAGCAACUUAAAGACGAUAGAGGAGGAGAACAAACUCAUAGAACAGAACAAUGAAAGUCUGCUAAAAGAGCUGGCGGGUCUGAGCCAAGCUCUCAUUUCAAGCCUUGCUGACAUCCAGCUUCCACAGAUGGGACCUAUCAGUGAGCAGAAUUUUGAAGCAUAUGUAAAUACACUCACAGACAUGUACAGCAAUCUGGAACGGGACUAUUCCCCGGAAUGCAAAGCUCUACUGGAAAGUAUCAAACAGGCAGUGAAGGGUAUCCAUGUGUAGGAUCACAGCACUGCCGGGCAACAGAAAUUACCAACAGCAGCAAACUCCAGAUGGAUCUGUUAGUGGUUCGUGUACUGCUAAGGCGUGGAGGUUGCCGUACUGCAUUUACAAUUGCAACAUUGCACUAAUUUUAUUUUCCCCAGCUGAUAUAAAAAGGAAAGAAAAACUAUGAUAGACUUCUUGGAUUAAAAGCAAUGCAGUCGAUUAUUAGAUCUUAUUUAUUUUCAUAUGAUUUUCUUUUAUUUCCUCAUUGUACUCUUUUUUUGUAAAGUAUAUGUAAAAUAAAUGUGACAUUUUUAUAAUUUAUUUAUUACUAAUCAAAGAGUUUUUUAUCUUUUAACUGCAUUUUGAAGUCUGCCAUAUUUUUACAAGUGUGUUAUUAAUUUAUUUUCCAAUAGGAUUUAAAUAGAAAUGCUAUUCUCAAGUCAUCUUUCUUGCUGGGUUUUAAUGAGGAAACAGGAAAGGGUGAAGGAAAUCCUUGUCUAAGGACUGCACUAUAGUUGAGUUUAAUUUUUAUUGCACACUUCUUCCCCCACCUUUCACUGGUUUUUGUAUUUAUAAAUGAAUUUGUGGUAAGGUGAGCUGCACAGAAGGAAUAAGAAGACAAAUGGCGCCCACUAGUGGGUAAUCCGCACUCACAAAAGCACAGGAUGCUGGAAAACAGCCUGCUCAGAAUUUGUUAGCAAUAAUUAAAUAUAGCAAUCAGCAAAGUAUUCGACUUGGCUGGACGGUUUUCGUUAAUAUGAAUUAUUUAUUUGAAAUGUUUUAAAGAAACAUAAGCUUUUUUAGUGAUGCAGAUUUGUCUGUUUGUUUUUCAAGUCAUAUCAGAUCGUUGGCAACUCGUUUCCCAAGAUGAAAAAUAAGACUUGGUGUGACCAGCCAGGCUUUCCUGCCAUAUGUUGGUACAACAUACAAGUGACAAUAUUGGUGUAUAUUUGUGCUUAGCAAAUACAAACACAUCCAAAUGAAAAAUUUUGUAGAUACCAUAUCCCCUGAAAUAGCAUUUAUCUUACUGGGUUGACUGGAAAGGAAUGGAAAAUACAGUUACACAUGAAGAAAUGUUACUCCAAUCUGAGUGAUUACUUCAAACACUGGCAACUUGGGUCUCACCCUCCAUAGGAAACAAGACAACAUUCAAUUUGAUAGAAAUCUUGCCAUAGACCUUCAAGUACUACAAAAUAUACACACACACUCACAUACACAGGCAUUCUCACACACACACACACACACACACUCAUCCACACUUUGAAUUGAGCCCACAAUCUUGAAUUUCUGAAUGGGUCAGAGUUUCAUAGUUGCUAUAGUAAAGGCAAUGUCUAUUUCAGGGAUUGUAAAGUAGUUAAGCAUUGUUUCAAAAGUUUUUUUAUAUUUAUUUUUUUUAAGGAAAAGGUAUAGACAACCAGCUAAACUGCCUUUUUGGUGUGCACACACAUUUCAUGUGCAGACGUGCCUCUGUGUAAAUGUACACAUGAACUUAGUGUGGGCUUAAUUUUCUGUGCUAUAAACGAAAGUGUUUAUUUUUUAUUAACCUCAUGGAUAUUUAGAUGGAACGUGAUGGCAUUCACAGGCUUGAUAUAUUCCACUGUUAUUACUGUUACCUGCACAAAUGAAAAACAAUACUCAACAAUAAUUCCACUCCCAUGAAAUUGUGGUCAUUGUUAUGCAUUAAGUGAGGCUUAUGUUUGGUUUGGAGUUCAUUUGAACUCUUGAAUCUUAGUUUAGUGAAGAUGAACUGUCUGUUCUUAGGUAGAAACGGUGUUUAUUUAAAAAUCAAUUUAAAAAAUGAGCUACCCUAUGUGCUGUCUAUUAUAAACGGGACACCAAACAAAAUUUUCUAUGACAGUUAUGUACUCGCAGACAUUUUGCUAUACAGUACUUCAUGGAUGCAUACAAAUGAGUUCACUUAUUACAAAGACAAACGUUUAAUUUGCUAAAUAUUUUAACAAGUUUGUUAUAUAUUUUAUUUAAUUUAAAAGAAAUCUCUUACCAACCUACAUAUUUAUUACUAUGAUUUACUAUGACUUCAGGUUAAUUUAUUUGUGUUGGCAUAGUUUGAGCAGGAUGUUUUGUGAAGUAUGUUUGUAUUUAUUUGCCUACUUUGUACUUGAUGUGUUUUGUAAUGUGCACUGAAUUUGUUUUCUUUUCAACUAUGUUAAUGAUCAAUACUGUAAAUUGGUCUUUUGUAAACAACAAAAAGGCAAUGAUGUAUGCAUUUUUUUAUUUGAGGUAGUUUGUUUGUAUACUGUUUCUCCAAACAUUUAAUAUUUCUUACAUCAAAGCAACAAAAUUGUGUUCAGUGCUGUACAUUUGGUGUAUGGUAGGAAAUAAAAACUGAUAACGAGUUUUGAUGUCAUCUUUCUCAGGCUGUUAUCUAGAGACUCGUAUCCCCUUCCCAUGGAAUCCACUGUCCAGAACGAGCCCUGGUGAGGUCCCCAGAGUGCACUUCAGCCUGCCAGUCAUUCGGAGACAUUUCUGUUCUGACAGCUGGUCUGCUUGCCUUAAAGUGGACAGGACUUUUGGCCAGUUGACAAGCUGUCCCUGCCUUUGAUGUGGCAUUCACCUCCAGAACAGGGAAUGCUUUGACAUAAGGAAGACCUUUGCUAGGAGUAGCAGCAAAUUCACUCAGAUCUAAUAGGUGGCAAGAUACAGGGCCCGCCCUCCUGAUUCCAAAAUUACUUUGGAUACGGAGUAUAUCUCUAGAUUCAUAUAAGCUAAAAUUAAAGAAACUUGAAUUAAAGAAAAAUGAUAAUAAAUUAUUGAUAGCACGCCUUCUGCUUAUGUGUUCUUUCUAUCUAAUGUCAAAUAGUCAUCCUAAUUUAAUUUUUCAGUUUCUGCCCAGAUUCAUACAUCUCUAGAAUAAGUUUCCACCUACAUUUGAUCUGGUUAAAAAAAAAAAAA